AAAGUUUUUACAAUGAAAAACAAAAGAGAAGCAUCAGUACACUCUUUCAGUGUUUAUACACACAUCCAUAAAUAUCUAAGCUUGUUAGUGAGUCUAUUUGGAAUUGUGACGAAUACCAUUCAUAUUAUGGUGCUGAAUCAGUCGAAUAUGCGACAAAAUGCUGUCAAUCGAUUGUUGUCGUUGAUGGGUAUGUGCGAUGUGAUAACGCAGAUAUGCUAUCUGAUCUUCACGAUCCGAUUCAGUUUCAUGGUCGAUGUGGACAGACCGCCGUUCGGUUUUCAUUUCGUUUGGAUUUGCUUCUUGCUGAUGCACGUGAUCAGUUCGAUUGCACUGCGCACGGUCUCCAUUUACAUAUGCGUCAUUACCGCCUACAUCAGAUAUCACGUCCUUCGUAAACUGCACUCCAAAUGGAUUGCACCGCAGUCCGCA